AUGGGGGACCUUCCUGCCUCCCGAGUCUCUCCUCCGCCUCGAGCUUUCUCUUGGUGUGGUCUCGACUAUGCUGGACCGGUGAGGGUCCGUGCAUCUGCCGGUCGUGGCAUCACAUCUCGCAAGGCAUAUAUCGCGCUCUUUAUAUGUAUGUCAACGCGCGCGAUUCACUUAGAAUUAGUCGGCGACUACAGCUCCUCCGCUUUUAGAGGCGCUUUCACUCGCUUCUGUUCCCGACGCGGCCUUCCUCAGACCAUCUACUCCGAUAACGGCACCACAUUUGUGGGAGCUGAUAAGGAGUUAACCGCGGCAUACAAGGCGGCGAUAAGCGAUCCCAAUUUCCUAAAUCAAACAGCUACGGAUCGCAUAUCUUGGCACUUCAUCCCCCCUUCCUCUUCUCAUUUCGGGGGACUGUGGGAGGCGGGGGUCCGUAGCAUGAAGCACCAUCUUCGACGGGUUAUUGGUAGCCAUACAUUGUCGAUCGAAGAAUUUACGACGCUCCUCUGCCAGGUCGAGGCAUGCCUUAAUUCUCGUCUGAUCGCUCCAUUAUCGGACGCGUUCGAUGAUUAUCAAUACCUAACCCCGGGGCAUUUUUUAAUUGGGUCGGCAAUCACGACCCCCCCUGCACCGUCAUUGCUCACGAUCCCUGAAAAUCGCCUGUCUCGCUGGUUAACUGUUCGCCAGUUAUCUGAACGAUUCUGGCGUCUGUGGGCCAGUGACUACAUUAAUACUCUUCAACAACGGACGAAAUGGCGCCAAAUCACGUCCCCAAUCGAGGUAGGGCGUCUCGUGUGUCUCCGCAAUCCAAACCUUCCGCCGUGUAAAUGGGAGCUCGGCCGCAUCAUUCAGGUUCAUCCUGGUGCUGACGGGCUUACCCGCGUCGUAACGAUUAAGACCGCCACAUCCACUUAUGUGAGACCCAUUGGAAAACUCUGCGUACUUCCUGUCGAUUGUGAAGCAACCCUAUCGUAA